AAUGCAGAAAUAAAACAUGAAAACACAUGAACUUCUUCAGAAAUGGGGACUUCAUAAUACAAAUGUAUUCAGAAAUCCUAGCGUUCCUCUAAUUUACUAGCUAUCAAUGUAAUCAACUGAACAAACAUCUACUAGACCAGAUUCUAUAAAUAGUACUGGUGCAUUAGUGGCAUAUUCUGGAAAGAAAUGUGGGUAAAUACAUUGUAUUAAUGAUGUAGUCGAGUACCAAAAGAUAAAAGAAUCAUCAAAGAUUAAGUAACAGAGUAAGAUGUAUGGUGGGGUGAUGUGAACAUACCUUUAAGUAGAGAAUCGUAUAAUGAAGUUGAAAAGAUAGCUUUGGAAUAUUUGGGAAGUAGAGAAAAAGUAAUCAAUCCUAUCAAAUAUAUUUUAGUUGUUUAUAAUUGACGGAUAUGCUGGUUGGGAUUCUAACCAUAGAUUAAGAAUUAGAGUAUUUUGCACUAGACCUUAUCAUGCCUUGUUUAUGAAGAAUAUGUUAAUCAAACCAACUGAAGAGGAGUUGAUGAAUGACUUUAACGGAGACGUUGAUUUUUAUAUAUUCAAUGCUGGACCUCAAAUAAUCCAAAAACCAAUUGAUGGAGUUACUUCUGAAGGAUGUGUAGCUGUGAAUCUAACUGAAAGGAAAAUGGUAAUUCUGGGUACCUAAUAUGCUGGAGAAAUGAAGAAAGGAGUCUUCGGAGUUACACAUUACCUAUUUCCAAAAUAAGGCAUCCUUACGUUACAUAGUUCAGCAAAUGAAGGAGAGAAUGGAGAUGUUACUUUAUUGUUUGGGUUAAGUGGAACAGGCAAAACUACUUUAAGUGCUGAUCCUAAGAGAAAAUUAAUAGGAGAUGAUGAACAUGCUUGGUCUGAUAAUGGAAUUUUUAAUAUUGAAGGUGGUUGUUAUGCUAAAUGUGUUGAUCUAUCUAAAGAAAAAGAGCCUGAAAUUUUCAAUGCAGUUAAAUUUGGAGCUGUUUUAGAAAACAUUGAAUAUUUUUCAAAUCAAACCAGAGAAGUAGAUUACUCAAAUAUCUCUAUUACUGAAAAUACAAGAGUGAGUUAUCCCUUAGAUUUCAUUCCAGGUACUAAAUUUCCAGCCUAAGGUGGACAUCCAAAAAAUAUAUUCUUUUUGACUUGUGAUGCUUAUGGUGUUUUACCUCCAGUCUCUAUGUUGACACCUGAAUAAGCUAUGUAUCAUUUUAUCUCUGGAUAUACUGCCAAAGUAGCAGGAACUGAGGUAGGUGUCAAAGAACCAUAAGCCACAUUCUCUGCUUGUUUUGGAGAAGCUUUCUUAGCAUUGCAUCCAACUCUCUAUGCUAAUAUGCUUGCUGAAAAAAUCAAGAAAUUUGAUACAAAAGUCUGGUUAAUCAACACUGGCUGGUCUGGUGGAAAAUAUGGAGUUGGAUAGAGAAUGUCAUUGAAAUAUACAAGAGCUAUUAUAGACCUUAUCCAUAGUGGAGAAUUAAAAGAUGCUGAAUUUGAAAAUUUUGCUAUUUUCAAUUUCAGAAUACCUAAGGCUGCCAAGAAUAUUCCUUCAGAAAUUCUUAAUCCAAGAAAUACAUGGAAGUAUCUUUUUUAUUUAAAAUAUUUAGUAAUCCAGAUGAAUUUGAUAAACAAUUAUAAGAAUUAGCUUAAAAAUUUUAGAUCAAUUUCAAAAAAUAUGAAGAUAAAGCAACCAUAGAAAUUAUUAAUGCAGGUCCAAAACUGUGA